UUUUACCGCUGACAGAAAGCCGCUCUGCAGGCGCGAGGCUGGAGCUGGACAUUGGUUUCACUCUGGAUCCUGAGGAUGAUGGGUACAUCCUGCAGUCAGAAGCCGCGCAGCAGCCCUACCACAGGUCGCGCUACGACUCGUCUCUGGGUCUCCUGACAUCGAAGUUUGCAGACAUGUUGAGGCACAGCCCUGACGGGAUUCUGGAACUCAACGUGGUCUGUCAGAAGCUCGGCGCGCCGAAGAGGCGCGUUUAUGACAUCACCAACGUGUUGGAGGGGAUCCGGCUCAUCAGAAAGAAGUCUAAAAACCACGUUCAGUGGUUGGGAGGAAAUGCGAGUCUGCUGUUGAAUGGUACGCUGACUAGUCUGGAAAAGGAGGAGAAGAACCUGGACAACCUCAUUGAGGACUGUGCCUGCCAGAUCAAAAUGCUGCGGGAAAACCACCUGAUGCACAGAUAUGCCUAUCUGACCUACACGGACGUCCGGCAAAUCCCAAGUUUGAGAGACAAAACUGUGAUUUUGAUCAAAGCUCCUCCAGAGACGACCCUUCAGGUUCCUCAUCCAGAGGAGAGCCUCCAGAUUUACCUCAAAAGUGCCUUUGGACCAAUCGAAGCUCUCCUCUGCUCUGAUGAGCUGUUUCCUGUCAAGCCUCUUCACGGCAUCAGCGGGGUCAGCAGGGAAGGCUCCUCCCACACACCACCCUUCAUCCUCUUAAGUCAGGUGUCUUCAGAAAAUGCCUUCAAGGUUUCACCUGAACAACCAGGAAACACAAUCUGCCAAAUCACUCAUCGCUCAGACCUGCAGCCAAAGCUGACUCAGCAGUUUCUGCUGUCACCCACCCCCCUUCUCAGCUUCGGCCAGCCGUCCAGGAAAGACGGACCACAGGGCACGCCCGCCUUGGCCGUCAGCGUUGGCGGACAGCAGUACCUGCUGAGCCUGGCGGCAAAUGACGGCAUCAGCCAACUGUUCUCCCCCCAUUUGAACCAGUGGAACGGAUGACACAAGAGUCAUCUUUGCACCUAAACAUCCUAGAGAUCCUGCAGGUCUGAGAAUGUGCCGACUCAUGAUGUUGUUUGAGGCUGUUUUUGAUGGUGAAGCGAUGAAGACAUUUCCAUGUUUGUGCACAGCCCCCACCUCCUGAAGGACACAAACUGACAAUCUCCUGCUCUGUCAGCGGAACUUCUGCCCGUCGAGUCAAGCUGCAUCGUGCUUCAGUUCCUGAUGCUUGACUUCACUAAGAACUUCUUCUCUACAUCAUGUUUGAACCCUUGAAGCUCCCCAGAUAUUUGGUGUUGGUCGGAUUGUUCUUCCUCAACACAAAGGAACUUUUUCCCAAAGAGAUUCACCAAACAACCCAUUUUUAUACGUGGUGGAGCGUUGUGGAGAGACACAGGAAAUAUAAGAGCGCCCUGCGUUUGUUUGAGGUUUGCCGUUUUUAGCCUGUUAUCCUCCAACAUCUGCAGCUUUUUUAUCAUCAAAGAUCUGAACCCAAAAGCCUUCAGAAGAAAUUUCCUGUCGGUUCUUCAAGCUGGAAGGCCUGCAGAAGCUCUGCCUUGACUCAAACAUCUUUUUUUAUAUAUAUAUUUUUCUAUGAAUUUGUAUGAAUCUCCACAAACUCUGAACCAUGAAUUGUUGGCGUCAUGGUCUUUGCACCUUCUACACCAGAGGACGUUCAGGUCUGAUGAAUCUUGAUAGAAAAAGAAAAACUAUUCAAUCAAAUCCUUUCAUGCACAAAGAGUUUAUUAUGACAGUUUUUAAGUCCAAACAUUAAAGAAACUUGUUAUGCUGUUUUAUCCUUCUGAAGGUUCAAAUCAGAUUUUUCAUAUGUUCAUCCUCAUGUGGUCAUGUGACCCCAAGUAUUCAUUCAUACAUCCAGCCUGUGAUGUCACCUGAACAAUUUAAGUGUCUGCCUGAAAUUUCCUGCUUUCAUGAACUAAAGUUUUAGAAAUUUUCCUUUAAAGUCAACCUGCAAUGUUAUCUUGAACCACUAGGGGGCAGUGAGAUCCCAGUGUUGUGUUGACGGCUCACGGGCGUGUUCAAACCAUGAGGUAAACACGUGUUCCUCUGAAGGAUGGCUCUAGCCUGAAUGGAAAUGGAGUGUCAACACCUGCUCGGAGACACUGAUGCUGCUGCUUCUUGCUGUCCUGUUCAUCACUUUUUGAAAAGCGCGUCUCUGCUGAUGUGAUGAAUUUUAGUUCUGUUUUGAGGUCAUUUAUGUGAUUUAUUUUUUAUUUUUUGUUUCUGUUCAAAAACUGAUCCCUAAUGAGAAGAUCAGACAUCAAGUGAAGUGUCUACAAAUCGAUAAUUAUUCCUAUUAAACUGACACAUGAGGAGACAGCUUCUCACACAGAGUAUUGUGAAACACCGUUCAUGUGAUAAAUGCUCUCUGAUUUGUCCUUGAAA